CUCUUCAUGGUCAGGAGCCUUCUGCACAAAACUGCUCCCAUGCUCCUGAAGCUGAACGAGAAAGCUGCCGCUGCUUUGAGAGAGAGAGAUGAGCACAUGUCUGCAAGAGACCAAGCUGUUGAAGAGCGAGAGCAGAUUGAAGCAGAACUGAAUGAAACUCAUUCGAAUUUCCAAGCUGCCAGGGAGCAGAUUGGAGAUUUAAAUCUGCAGGUGACAAUUCUGACAUCAGAGAUGGGUGUACUGCGAGAGAAGUUGACUGAAAAAGAAGAAGAGACGGGUCAGCUAGAGAGGAAGGUGACGGAGCUGUCUGCUACAGUUUCCUCCACGCUGGCAUCCUACACUUUCUUGGAGCAGGCCCUGGCUGCUGAGACUACAAAGUUGCAGGAGUCGUGGAAAGACAAACAAGAGGCUAAAGAUCGAGCAAAUGACUUGGAGGCAUCACUGGGUCAGUCGGAGCAGCGGGUGUGCGAGUUGAGUCGGGCUCUGGCUCAGAGUGAGGAGCAGCUCAGUCAGCUGCAGUCCCUCUCACAGUCUCAGAGUCUGCAGAUCCAGCAGCUCCAGGAUGUCUGUACACAGCUCAGUGGUGUGCGGGAAAUGAACGAGUUCCUACAGAUGGAGAACGAGUUGGCGAGGGAGCAGAUGGCAGAAAGUGAGCGUAUGCUGAGGGAAAACCUGCAGAGCCUUCGGGAGAGGAACAUCCAGUGUGAGGACCUGAAGAAAGAAGUUUGUCAACUUAA